GCGGCCAGCGUCGUAUCACCAAGGGCCCUGGCGCCUUUGAAGAGCGUGGCCUGGCAAGUCGGGGGCGGCGCAUUGCUGCUUCAUAAGUAACGCGUCGGUACCUGCAUUGGCAACUGUUCUCCCCAGUUCCCACCCUCCUUUGAGACCUGCGACGCGGAGCGCAACCAUGGCGGAGAAGAAAACAGAGUACACCAUUGGUCAGCCAGACGCCGAGUAUGGCGUUGGCCAUGUCCAUGAGGCAAGUCGACGAAGGAGCUCAGCUGUUGCACCUGCGGCUGUGGCCGAGGAGAUCUUCGACGAGCGCUACGAGACAACGCAGCGAGGCCUCAAGUCACGCCAUGCGCAGAUGAUUGCCCUGGGUGGCACAAUCGGAACCGGUCUGUUCGUCGGUAGUGGCCAAACGCUUGCUCGCGGUGGCCCAGCCUUCAUCCUCGGAAGCUACAUCUUCAUGUCAGCGCUGAUCUUCUGCGUUGUGGCCGGCAUCAUCGAGGUCGCGGCCUAUCUUCCCACUCCCGGUUCUUCGAUGAACCUGUUCGGUGCCCGCUACGUCUCGCGCUCCAUGGGCUUCGGUCUCGGCUGGCUCUACUUCUACUCGCUGGGUAUUCUCGUGCCGUACGAGAUCACCGCUGCCGGUCUCGUCAUCGACUACUGGCACCCAUCUGUCAACAUUGCCGUGUGGAUUUCCAUCAUGAUUGUCGUCAUUGUCGGCUUGAACUGCUUUCCCGUCAAGUUUUAUGGCGAAACAGAGUUUUGGUUCGCCGGCACGAAAGUCAUCAUGAUUAUCGGACUGCUGCUUCUGUCCUUUAUACUCUUCUGGGGCGGUGGCCCUCACCACGACCGUCUUGGAUUCAGAUACUGGAAGAACCCCGGCGCAGCGAACACGUAUCUUGAAAAAGGCGACGCAGGACGCUUUGUUGCUCUGCUAUCCACGCUGGUCUUGUCUGCCUUCCCUUUUGCCUUCGCCCCCGAGCUCCUCGUCGCCACGGGCGGAGAAAUGGAAUCGCCGCGACGCAACCUGCCCACCGCCGCGCGCCGCUACAUCUACCGUCUCGUCUUCUUCUACAUCUUCAGUGUUCUCGCCAUUGGCGUCAUCUGCCCGUCCAACGACCCUAUCAUCACAUCAGGCGGCGCAGGCGCAGGAUCCUCGCCAUUCGUCGCGGGCAUCAAACGCGCGGGCAUCCCCGUGCUCGACAGCAUCAUCAACGCGGGCAUCAUCAUCAGCGCCUGGUCGUCGGGAAACUCGUUCCUCUUCCUCUCCAGCCGCAGUCUGUAUGCGCUCGCGCUGUCGGGCAACGCCCCCAAGAUCUUCAAAACCUGCACAAAGUCCGGAGUCCCGUACUACGCCGUCGCCGCAUCGUCCGUUUUCUGCGCCCUCGCCUACCUGAACGUCGGCUCUUCUUCCGCCGUCGUCUUCACCUGGUUCGUCAACCUGACCAACACCUCUGGCUUCAUCUCGUGGAUCUGCUGCGGCAUCAUCUUCCUGCGGUUCCGCAAGGCGUGCGAUGCCCAGGGCGUCACCGACCUGCCGUACCGGUCGCCCGUCGGCAAGAUCGGCGCGUGGAUCGUCAUUGUCGCCUUUACCAUUUUGUGCCUCAUCAACGGCUUCGACGUGUUUUGGCCCGAGAAAUGGAACGUCAGCUCCUUCUUCACCGCCUACGUCGGCAUUCCCAUGUUCUUCUUGUUCUACGGCGGUCACCGCAUCUGGGCGUGGGGAGACUCGUGGGCCUACGACCCGCUUACUGUGGAUCUGCAGACGGGACUCGACAGGAUCUUGGCAGAUGAAAUUCCACCCAAGACGGUUCAGGGGCCGUGGUGGAAGAAGAUUACGCUCAUCUGGCAGUAAAAGGCGGUGCUCGAGGGGGGUUCAGGGAAAAAAAAAUGUGAGGGGUGCGAAUCUUCAAAGUGUAAAAACUUUUUGUGUAUCCUUGUUUUUUUUUUACCACCAUCUUUGGUAUGUCGGCCAUGAUCGAAAUAUCAUACAUGUUCUCGAUUGGAAUCGAU